AUGUCUAAGGGAUUAAAGGAGAAAUCGAACAAGCACGGACACAAGUCUUCCAAGGCUAAGAAGGAGGAAAAGGCUAAGGUUGCCAAGAAGGAGGAGAAGGAGGAGAAGGAGGAGACUUCAUCAUCAGAGUCUGAGUCUGAGUCCGAAUCAGAAUCAGAAUCAGAGUCUAAGUCUGAGUCUGAAUCAUCAUCAUCGUCCGAAUCCGAGUCAGAGUCAGAGUCCGAAUCGAAAUCAGAUUCUGACUCUUCGUCAGAGUCCGAAGAGGAGAAGGAUGAAAAGAAGGAGGAUAAGAAGGCUGAGUCUAGUUCAGAGUCAUCAUCAGAUUCCGAGUCCGAGUCUGAAUCCAGUUCCGAGUCUGAGGAUGAGAAGAAAGAUGACAAGAAGGAAGAGGAUAAGGAAGACAGCUCAAGUUCGGAAUCAGAGUCUGGUUCUGACUCUGAGAGCAACUCCGACUCAUCAUCUUCAUCUGAGAGUGAGUCCAGCGAUGAAUCGUCAAAGAAGAGAAAAGCAGAUGACGAUUCCGAGGAGCCAGAGGCCAAGAAGGCAAAGAGUGAAGAGUCAGCAGAGGAGCCAGGUACCAUGUUUGUGGGAAGACUUUCGUGGAACGUCGAUGACGAUGGAUUGAAGCAAUUCUUCGUCGACGAGAACGUUCCAGGUGUUGUCAGUGCCAGAGUGAUCACCGAGAACGGAAGUGGUAGAUCGAAAGGUUUCGGAUACGUUGAUUUCGACUCGGUUGCUCACGCUGAGGCUGCAGUGAAGAAGUACGACGGUGCCGAGAUCGAUGGCAGGGCUGUGCAUCUCGACAUGGCAGCUUCUAAGCCAAGAAGCUCUUCUCCAAACGACAGAGCCAACAACAGGGCCAAGAAGUACGGAGAUACGCCAUCCGAGCCUUCGGACACGUUGUUUGUCGGUAAUCUGUCGUUCGAGGCCACCAUGGAUGACGUGAGGGGCGCAUUUGAGUCGUUCGGAAGCAUUGAGGGAAUCAGGAUUCCAACCCGUCCGGGAACAGAGGAUCCAAGGGGUUUCGCAUACGUGCAAUUCUCGUCAGUUGAGGAGGCUAAAGCUGCUCUGGACGGUAUGAACGGUGAAUACAUCAACGGCAGAUCGGUUAGAUUGGACUACUCGACACCAAGACCUAGAAACAACAACUUUGGAGGAAGAUCCGGAGGAAAUCGGGGCAACUGGGGUGACAGGGGCGAUAGAGGUAGCAGAGGCAGAGGCAAUGGUAGAUUUGGGGGAAACAGAGGCGGUAGAGAGAGAAGACCUGCAGCAUCUGGUGCCAAUGCUGUGCCGGUCCAGUUCAAGGGCUCGAAAAAGACCUUUGAUUAA